CGCAUUAGCGGUUUAAGAGAGGUUCGUGGGCUCGAAAUCUUAGGCCCGUUGGUUUAAAAAAAAAAAAAAAUUCGAUAAGUUUGAUGAAACGGGCCUUGCGCAUGAACCCGUAAGGGGCGGAUGUUGCCACGCGGCGUACGCUGGUUGGUCAAGCGUUCCGCGUUGACGAGGAGGAAAGUCGGGCCACGUCUUGUUUCUUCUCAUUUUCCCCUUUCUCUGAAAAACUAGGGUUUCACCGUGAGAGGCGACUUAUCGUGCGACGACGAUUCCCGGCGUUUUUCUCGACGUAAUCGACGACGUCCUCUUCUCUCCACCAGCGUAGAUGGAUCCGGAAGAAGAUAGAAGACAUUCAAAGAAGCAACAUGAACACAUCAACAUGUUAAGUUUCGUGGCGGAUUCUGAGUACGGUAUUCCUAAAAGGUGUCCGUGUGGUGGGAGACUCAUAAACGAGGUGCGCGGGGAGGAGGACUACGACACUCUUCCUGGGAAGCGGUUCUUCACCUGCAGAAACUACGAGGCUGAUGGGCUCCAUUAUCGUCAGCCUUGGGUGAUAGGUGUGCAGGAGGAGCUCGAGAGGCUAACUAAACGGGUGGAAGAGGCUGAGGAGGUGAUGCUGGGGGUGUCCACUCUUAGUAAACGGUUUGAGAGACUUGAGGAACAGGUUAAUUCACUCAAUGAGGCUGUCUAUGACCUCACUGUGCAGGUCCAUUCCCUCGAGAAGGUCUGCUUCGAUUGACAAUGAAAGGUUAGAGUCAGCUAAACUAUAUCUAGGGUAAUUGUUAUCUGUGGAUUGAAGUAGACGUAGGAGUAGAAGUAGAACAAAAGUAUAACUAUUUGUAGAACUAGAAGUAGACAUAAACUAAACUAGUACGAGAACUAGAAGUACAAGUAGAUAUUAAUUGUUGGUUGGUUGGUUGCUGUGAUUAAUGUUGAAUUGUACUUAGGUUGGUAGAGAUAGUUUAAUUUUCUCUCUUUUGAAACGGAAAAUACCCUGUAUUUUCGCCUGAUUUGAUGUCUAUUGACUGCUCAUUACUAUGUAGUAGUUCUGUAAUGAAUUUUGGUUGGUAUUGUUAGUUAAAUUUUAUCUCUUUCCACACGUAAAAACUUGUUUAAAAACAUAGUAACUCCAGCCUAAAAAUUUACAGAUACAUCUUAACACAAAACCAAAACAAAAACCGGUAACCCUCAAACCAAAACCAGAACACAAAACCCUCAAACAUGGAACCUUUUUCCCUUCACGGUCCCGGGUUUGUUAACCUAUUAGCUUCGCAGAGCAGUAGUCCAAUAGACGUUGACUCUGCUGAGGCUGCAGUUAACUCACCCGGGUUAGUUAAACCACCGGAAAGGAGAAAGUGGACAACCAAAGAAGACCUUGUACUGAUCAGUGCUUGGUUAAACACCAGCAAAGAUCCGAUAGUUAGUAAUGAACAGAAGUUAGGGACUUUUUGGAAGAGAAUUGAGGCGUAUUUCAAUUCUAGUCCUCAGCUCAUUGGCUCCCUUCCUCGAGAGUGGGGUCAAUGUAAGCAGAGGUGGGGAAGGGUGAAUGCAGAGGUCUGCAGGUUUGUGGGUUCCCAUGAAACGGCUCUGAAGGAGCAAUCGAGUGGGCAAAGUGAAAAUGAUGUCAUGAAGACUGCGCAUGACAUCUAUUUCAAUGACUACCAUCUCAAGUUUGCGCUUGAACAUUGCUGGAGGGAACUCCGGUUUGAUCAGAAGUGGAGGUCACACUCUCAGCCGAAGGAGAAAAGGAAGGAAGGUGGUGCGGAGGCGGUGCGUGAGGAGGAAGAGGUUAGGCCUCCUGGUGUUAAGGCUAGCAAAGCUGCUAAACGCAAGAAGCCAAAUGAAGCAGCUUAUGAUCAUAUACAUACCAUCCUAGCUGAGAAAAAUACCAUUUCCAGACAAAAGAUCCUUGAUCGUUUGCUAGCCAAAAACAUAGACACACUUUCUGAUAAUGAAGUGGCUCUCAAGAAUAAACUCAUCUCUGAAAUGCUUUGAUGUCUAUUGUGUGUAUUUUCUUGCUUUGCUUGAGUAGUUGAUGUGUAUUUCCUUGCUUUGCUUUACUGAUUAUGUUAGCUUUUCUUCUGCAGGUCACGGGUUGGAGGUGACAGUGUUGCAGGUCACGGGUUGGAAGUUUAGGUUGUUGCAGGUCACGGGUUAUGUUUCUUUCUACACUGCAGGUCAAUCAUGUACUAUGUCUAUGUAUUUUGCUAUUGUUGUAACUCUGAACUUGGUUCACGGAUGUACUGAACUUGAUUCACGGAUGUACUAUGUUGUAACUCUAUGUCUCUCUAUUUAAAUGAUGUCUCUACUCUCUGCUUUUUAAUCAAAGUGAUCUUCUAUUUCUUCUCUUGCUAUUGUUUCUCUUCUGUGUGUUGCUCUUGUUUGUCUUGUUUAUUUCAAAGUGAUCUUCUAUUUCUUCUCUUGCUCACGGAUGUACAACAUACAACAAACUACAACAACUAAAUUCAAACAACAAAAACCUACAACAAACUACAACGUAAAGGCCAAUGACCUGGCUUGUGGCAAUGGAAGCAAUCACCAGUUCGCAUGGCUAACCAAGGAGUGAAGUCCGUGACCAACAAACACACAUACAAGAGCAACUACCUUCAACAACAAACAAGAGCAACUACCUUCAAGAUUGGUAAGAAAAUAUGGUUGUAGAAUAAAAUAUGGAUGAAGAAAAAAUUGGAUUCUUUAAAAAAAUGGUUUAUGAAAAUUAGAAAGAAUUUUAGUUAAAAUAUAAUAUGAUUGAAGUUAAAAAUUGGAUGCUUAAAAAAAUAUGGUUGUAGAAAAUUAUAAAGAUUUUUAGUUAAAAUAUAAUAUGAUUGAAGUACAAAAAUAGGAUUCUUAAAAAAAAAAUGGUUUAUGAAAAUUAGAAAGAAUUUUAGUUAAAAUAAAAUAGGAUUGAAGUUAAAAAUUGGAUUCUUAAAAAAAUGGUUUAUGAUAAUUAGAAAGAUUUUUAGUUAAAAUAAAAUAGGAUUCUUAAAAUAAAAUAUUAAAUUACAAAUCCCCUUUUGUCAUGUUAGGAAGAAAACAUCAACAAUGUCAUCCUCAUCAAGUGAUGAAGUUGAUGAAGCUAUAGAAGAAAUGGUCGACGAAGUAGUUGAUAAUUACAUCGACUCAAUAGUUGAGGUCCAAGGUAAGAAGCCAAAAAGACGUGCUUAUAUCGACAGAGAUCGGGAACAAGGACACAAUCAACUAUGGAACGAUUAUUUCAAAGAAAAUCCUACAUACCCACCGGAAAUGUUUAGGAGGCGUUUUCGAAUGAACAAGCCAUUGUUCCUUCGCAUUGUCGAACGUAUAAGUAAUGAAGUUCCAUACUUUCAGCAAAGACGAAAUGCUCACGGGAGGAACGGGCUAUCUGCACUUCAAAAGUGUACGGCAGCUAUACGUAUGCUGGCAUAUGGUCAAUCGGGAGAUACAUAUGACGAAUAUCUCGACUCGGUGACAGUACAUCACGUUUGUGUUUGGCAAAUUUCACGGAUGCAAUAAUAGAAUUGUUUGGAAAUGAGUAUCUACGAAAACCUACAGCCGAAGAUCUUCAACGCUUACUCGAUGUUGGAGAGGUACGGGGGUUUCCGGGGAUGAUAGGCAGCAUCGACUGCAUGCAUUGGGAGUGGAAAAACUGCCCAACGGCUUGGAAAGGUCAGUUCACACGUGGUUCAGGAAAGCCGACAAUUGUCUUAGAAGCCGUGGCAUCACAAGAUCUUUGGAUAUGGCACGCAUUUUUCGGCUUACCAGGUACCCUCAACGAUAUCAAUGUUCUUGAUCGGUCCCCUGUUUUUGAUGACAUCUUACAUGGUCGAGCACCAAAAGUUAAGUUCAAGGUCAACAACCACACUUAUCGUAUGGCCUACUAUCUUACUGACGGAAUUUAUCCAAACUGGUCAACAUUUAUCCAAUCCAUCCCACUUCCUCAAGGUCCUAAAGCCGAGAAAUUUGCAGAAAAGCAAGAAUCCGCCAGAAAAGAUGUCGAACGGGCUUUUGGAGUAUUGCAAUCGAGGUUUGCAAUUGUUAAAAACCCAGCUCUCCAAUGGGACAAGGAGAAGAUAGGAAAGAUCAUGAGAACUUGUGUCAUAUUGCACAAUAUGAUAGUAGAGAACGAACGACACGGAUACGCUCAAAUUGAUACUUCUGAGUUCGAGUCCGGAGAAUCAAGCAGAACUUCGAGGGUGACAAGGAGAGAAAGCAUUCAUGUCGGUGAUAUGUUAGGCAUGCGCAGAGAAGUUCGAGAUCCAGAGAAGCAUGCUCGUUUGAAAGCUGAUUUGAUGGAAAAUAUAUGGCAAAAGUUCGGUGAUGAAGAUGAAUAAAUAAGUUAUGUAUGUUAGAAAAAUUUCUCUUUUAUGUAAUGUACUUUUAAUGUAUUGAAUAAAAUGUUUUCAUAAUUUUAAUAAUAUGUUUUAAUAUUUUAUUCAUCUUUUCUGAAUAUUUUAAAUUUUUUUUAAAAAAAUUAAUAUUAUUAUUUUAUUCCUAUGAACUCUUUCAUCGGGUUCACUAAUGCAGAAAACAGCAUAUCCAAGUUCAUAACUGUUCAUGGGCCCACGAAAAAAUAAUAAAAAAUGUU